AUGCUUGUGCGACCGGGCCCACACCUUGACCCCAGCGGGCGUCUGGGGAUCGAGUACUUGCAGCAAUGGGUGCGCAAGAGCGAGGGAUGUAGCGUCUCGGGAUUGGUCGAGGCCAUGCAGGGUGAAUUCGGACGGUCGCCACCCGUCUAUGCCAAGCCGCACGGACCUCCCGUCCUGCCUCCCAAGCCGAUGCAGACACAGAGCCCAGCCCCCGGCCCGAGUCCUGCGCAGAUUCCAUCGCCGGCACUUGCCGCACCAGCGCAGGCCCCACCUAAUUACCAACUUCCUCCCCGACCACCGCCGCCGCCACCGCCGCCCAACCCAACACCAUACCAGCCACAACCCUCCUUCGUCCCUCAGCAGUUCGCGCCCCAGCCCCAAUAUCCACCAGCACCACCGCCGCCCGUGGUUGCAUCGCCCCCGAUCCCUAAUCUGCUCGAUGCGGACGAGGCUCCCGCUUUGGGUAUUGUGUCCUUGCACAAUGAAGUGCAUGCCAAGCUUUCCUCGUCGCUCGCCUCGCUGUCGACUGCGCUGGCACUGGACGCAGAGCGGCUGCGCGCCCACCAAGGUGCGCUGCUCGCGGGUGAACCUGCCAUCCGGGACGAGAUGGCCCGGCUGGAGGCUGUGCGAGACGUGUGCAAUGGUGUCGUUGGCCGUGUUGGUGCUGUCGUCAGUGGCGCCGAGUCAUGGGUCAACGACGUGAGAGGCAGAGGCGAACCCAGCGUCGACGAGUUGGUGUGCGGGGUCAGCAUCGUGGGCAACCAAGUGGUGAACUUGGUCGCCGAGGACAACGCCAUCGAGGACACGAUCUUCCACCUAUCCAAGGCGCUCAACAGCGGCCGCAUCGACCUGGAGCGAUUUCUCCGCUCUACCCGUCUGCUUGCCGAAGAGCAGUUUAUGAAGCGUGCACUGAUCGAAAAGAUUAAUGCCAAUAUGCCUGUUGGACAACCCGCCGGGUAUUAGGCCUUAGGUGUUGUCGGCUACAUCCGCAUUGUUUUAUGGUCGGAACAGCACAUCCGGAAGAUUGUAUUUCAGGUGUACAUAGAUUCUUACUCGUGACAUGGGAUGUGUGCCUUGUGGCUGCCAUUCACCACCCGAUGCCAUGCCGAGAACAAUGACUAUCCCAUCUGGAGACAACAUAUCCUCGAGUAAGAAAUUCCCUAAUCGGGUGGCCUUCUUUCGGACAUCGGGCCCGGUCAGCUGGCGGCAACCACCCCGAUUCUUCCGUUGUCAUCCAC